GUCAUAUUUAUAAAGCAUUUUUUAUCAAUUAUCUGGUUGAAUUAACUUGAUGUAUAGCCGCAUAUAUUGACGAACAGAACUAGCCUAGGGAUAUCGAAUAAAUAAAGACGAAGAUAGGGGAAAGACGAAAAAGUAUUUGCAGAAAAAAGUGGUCUCAUUGAAGCUUAUUUACGUGGGCAUAACACAUUUUGCCCCAUGGGAAUCGACCUGGAGACCUUGGAAGUGGAUGCCUCCCAUUCGCAAUCGCAUAACAGUACUAGUGAGGAUAGCGGAAAUCGUGGAAAUUACGAUAAAAAUAAGGGCUAUAACGACAAUAGCAAGAAUAACAGUGGAAACAACAAGUUCAGCAUUGACAAGGGCAGCAAUGAGAAUGAUGUCAACAGUGAUGAUAAAGCAAGUUACUAUGUAAAUGUUAGACAUAAGAGAGACCACUGCGGUGAAGUUAUGGCUUUUUUCAAGGAUAGUUUAUUGCUCAUGUUAAAAUCGCUCAUGAGUCUUGAAGAUCCCCAUAAUGAUAAUUGCUAUAUUCAAGAAUUUGUUACAAUGAAAUGGCAAUUUGAAUUGAUGAAGACUAUUUUCCUGCCACUUGAAUCCUGCUGCACGAUAAGCCAAUUUAAGUAUUGGAACAGUCGAGCUGGAAUAAGGGGUACUACAAAAAAAACAUACAAUCAAUGGCGUCAAGGUUUCUGGCACUCCUGGCAGGCAACUGUAAUUCGAUUUCAGCAUGUUGGUCCCAUUUACAACAAACACGAAAAACCCCGGUGUUAUGAUAAUUGGAUAUGCAAGGAAAUCUCCCACCAACGAAACAAAGCAUCAAGAGUCCGUCUCCUACAAAUUAUGAUCGAUAAACUAUAUCUUAAUGGCAAAUGCGAGGAGGUGUUUAUUAGUUCUUGCUAUUUGGCGUUUGAGCAACAAUCAUUUGGGGAAGCCAGCAUGAUGCACAUGUGUUUAAAUCAACAUUUGGACGUUCUUGCAGAGGAAUUAAUGAUGAAAGUAGUCAUGGUGUGCUAUAUCUUGCACAAUCUAUACAUCGGCUUUGGUGACUUGAAAAUCUACUUGCAAAGGCUAGUAAGACAUAAUAGUGAUGCUUUCAAAACAGAGCAAACCCCAUUAGAUUGGUAUAACCGUGCCAACGAUGUUGAUAAUGGUCCUUUGGCUGUUGAAGAUGUACCUCGUGUUCCUGAAAGAUCUCAUUCGCACCUUCUCCCAAAAUCCUCAUCCUGGCAUGGCCAACGUCACGACAAAUGCUUAAAAGCAAGACUUUCUAGGGAUGGAAGAGUUAGACGAGAUGAAGUUAGCCUAUCUCUCCCAAUACCACCCACAAAUAAAUAA